AUGAUUUUCUAAAUCCUUGAUUAGUUGUUCCAAAAUAUUUCUAUUUUAUUAGGUGGUAUGGAAGUUGAUUAGAUAAGACUUGCUGUUUCUUUAAUAAUGACCAUUCCAUUUGGGUUGAUUUUUUACUUUAUAAGAGGAUUUUUUAUUAGACAUUUAAUAGGAAGUGCUUUAGGUAUAUUUUUAUAAUAUUUAGUAUAUCAAGAUGGAUUAAUAUUUUUAUUAUUCCAAACGGUAUUUGUAUACAUAAUAAUUUUGAUAUUCUAAAGAAAAUCUGCAUUGAUAGUAUUUAGUUCAAGCCUUUUUUAUUUAAGUUUACACCAUUUAUACAGACAAUAUAAUGAUUAUGGAGGUUGGAAAAUGGAUAUAACAACGAUAUUAAUGAUGACAAUGUGCAAAUACACAAGCUUUGCGUGGUGUUAUCAAGAUGGUGACUAAAAGCUUUAAGAUUAACUAAGUGAAGAUUAAAAAUUGAGAAAAAUAGAGAAAUUGCCCAAUUUCUUUGAGUAUUUUUCCUACAUUCAUUUCUUUGGUAGUGCUAUAUGUGGACCUACAUUUGAUUUCCAUGAAUAUAAAAUAUAUAUGAGAACCUCAUCUACAAAAUCAAUUUCUUUCCCAUUAAAAAACAGUUUGAAUUGGCUUUUAUAAGGACUAGCAUUUACUUUUACAAUCAUAUUUUUAUUACCGAAAUUCCCAUUAAAAUAUGUUUUGACAGAAGAAUAUAAUUAAUCUUCUAUGCUUUUCAAGUUUUAUUACUUUAAUGUAUGUAUUACUUUAAUUAGAUUUAGAUAUUAUGCUGGAUGGUCCUUAUCCUAAGCUGGAUUAGCUUCUACAGGUAUUACUUACAAUACAAAAACACAAUAAUGGGAUUAAAUUAUUUCUUGUAAAGCUUCUCAUGAACUUACACAUGAUGUAAGAUAUAAAGUUGAAUGUUGGAACACUUCUGUUUAAAUUUGGUUAAAAAAAUAUGUCUAUUUAAGAGUUUAUCCAUAAGAUUAAUUAAAAAGUAACGUUAAUAAAAGUAACAUAGCUUAAUAUAUUACUAAUAUGGUUUCAGCUUUCUGGCAUGGAUUCUACCCUGGGUAUUAUUUAUCAUUCUUCUAAUGGUCUUUAGUAAUGAAUUGUUCAAAAUUGCUAUUUAAUGCUUCCAAAAAUAAACCAGAGUUCUUUGAUAAAUUGGAAAAAACUUUAACUUCCCCAGUUUAUUUUGCUAUAAGAUUCUGUAUUACUCACUUUUCCUUGAACUGUUUUGGAAUCGGUUUCUAAUUGUUAUCAUUAUACGAUAAUUAUGCCUUUUAUAAAACUCAUUAUUUUUCUGUUUUAAUUGUUAACCUUUUAGUUAUUGCGUUCUUUUCCGCCACUAAAUGGGGAUAGAAAUCAAGUAAGCCAAAAGCUUAAUGA